UUCAUGCAUAAUAAAUUAUUAAGAAAAUUGGAAGGCGACGCGUUACGUACGAUUAAAAGAAAGACAGAGACGAACAACGUCGCCGGUCGGACUGAUUCUCCACCAAAGAUUCUCCACCGAGUCAGCGAGAGAAACUACUCCUCUCCAUUUCUUCGAUCCGGUCAAGACCAGCAUGUGCAAUUCCAUCACACUUCGUGUAUAAAACCCACUUUCACGGAGAGAAAAUCCCAACCGAGAAGAUGACCAUGUUCGCCGGCUCCGUCCGCGAAGCUGCCCGCCGCGCGUCGCUCUCUGGCUCCGACGCCCUUCUGCUCGUCGUCUCCGUACUCGCGCCCUUUUGCUGCCUGUUUGAGAUGUUGCUGCCAUGGACGGUUCGCCGCUGCCGGGGCGACCAGAGCGCCCCCUGCGCCGGCGGCGAAAUCUGCACGGUCUGCCUCGGGGAGGUCUCCUCGGACGGGAAGCUCCGUAGGCUCCCGGAGUGUGGACACUGCUUCCAUGCGGAGUGCAUCGAGACGUGGCUGGGGUAUCGCCGGACGUGCCCUCUCUGCCGGACGACCGUGAGCGGCCGGGGCGGAGGGAAACUCCGCGACCGCGCGGGACGGCUGCUGUGGCUUCUGAUGGGGGGCGUGUGUCAAUGGAUGGACAAGCACUUCGAUUCUAACCUCGCAUUGGUGUUCUGCCAUGAUUCUGAAACUCUUCUCUAUUGAAUCUGGUUUUGCUGCUAGUUGCGGAGGGUGAGAGAUUACUUUUCAUGUGUAACCAGAACAUAGAGCGAGGAUAUUCAUUUUGUAUAGAAAGAUAGGUAUACAGUGUCUUACCUUCAUGUUGAAUUUGAUUACAAACAUUCUUUGUAUCUAAAACAACAUCGAUUCAAAUCAUAUUCCUUCGUUCCUUUUUACAA